AUGGCUCAUUAUCACAGCAUGCUAGUACUACUCCUUUCCCUCUUCUUCCUCUCGCCGUUCCAGCGCCUUGCCGACGCAGCCACAGCCCCCCAACCAGCGCGGUUCGAGCAGGCCAUGGCGGAGACCCUUGCAAUGAGCGCCGAGGCCAAGGUGCAACUCCACGCGAGGGCGCUCCGCGACGCCAUGCUCGACGACCCGUCGCUCGACGACGACGGCGAAGACGAGGGUGACGACGAGGGUGCGCGACGGCAGCUGAAGGGCGGCAUGAAGGGGCGUGACGUGGGGCUGACGCCGCCGGCGCUGAACUCGGGGCCGAGCAUGGCGGACGUCAACGGCACCUUCUACCGCUGGGACUCCGUGUCGCCCAAGGCGUUCGUCGACUGGCGCCAGACCCGAUACAUCUCGCCCAUUCAGCGCCAAUUUGAGUGCGCGAGCUGCUGGGCGAUCGCAGCCGUCGAUUCCAUCUCCAUGAUGUGGGCCAUCACCACCAAAACAGAUCCCAUCGCUCUGUCGCCGCAGCAGGUGUGCGACUGUGCGACGAAGCAGUGCUGCAACGGCGGGUGGGCGGACUGGGCGUUUUCGUACGUGUUGUUCAACGGGGGCAUCCAGGCGGAGGAGGACUACGCGUACCAGGCGCAGGACAGCACCGUCUGCAGCCUCAACGUCUCCGCGCCCACCGCCGCCAAGAUCACGGGGUGGGAGCUGGUGCCGGCGUACAGCGCGCUGGCGCUGAUGAAGGCCGUCAGCAUGCAGCCCGUCGUCGCCUUCCUCAGCGGCUCGGAGCGCGACUUCCAGAACUACACGUCGCGCAACCGCCUGCGCAUCUACGGCUCGCCCGAGCUGCCGGGGCUGUGCACGACGAACGUGAACCACGUGGUCGUCGUGGUCGGAUACAACUACACGGGGCCGGGCCUCGCGGGCAGCUAUUGGAUCAUCAAGAACACGUGGUUCAGCACGUGGGGCGACGGCGGCUACAUGUACCUCGCCAUGACGCCCGACGUGCGCGGGAAAUGCGGCAUCCACGCGUAUGUGGCUUUUAGAAGCGUUACGCAUGCACAGAAUUCCCUUUUCUCCAUCCUAGUACCGCCUCAAUAUCUCCCCCUCUCACACUCUCUCGCUCUCUCUCACUCUUUCUCGCUCGCUCUCACUCCCUUAUUCUCGUCUAUUCUUUCUCACUUUCUCACUCAACGGCCACCCUCCCCUCCCUCUCCCCCUCCCCCUUUUCCCCCCAGGCUGCCCGCCAUGUACCCGGUGUACUACCCGUUCGGCCCGCAGCCGGUGCGGUUCAGCGACAAGCAGCGCGACGACAGCGACGGCCGCUGGUGGACCAAGCCGCUGCCCGUCACCUCCGACGCCUGCCAGCUGCUCAUCAACCCGUGCGGCGCGGGCGAGUGCUACACGCGCAACAACGUGGCGCGGUGCGACUGCAGCGGGCCGGAGGGCAUGGUGGAGGUGCUGGGCGUGCCCACCAGCAAGUGCGUCUCGCGCUCCCCCUGCAACUCCACCAACGUCAACCCCUGCGGCGCCGGCACGUGUAACAACACCGGCAACGGCGCCUACACCUGCCAGUGCCCCGCUGGCUACGCCAUCGGCGCGGAGACGGACGGGUCGCUGACGUGUGUGGGCGUGGCGGGCGGCAACACGUCAUCCCUCACCUACACCACUGUGCCAGGGGACACGUGCUCUGUGAGUGCCACGUGUGCUGCGAGUGCAACGUGCUCUGUGAGUGCCACGUGUGCUGUGAGUGCCACGUGUGCUGUGAGUGCAACGUGUGCUGUGCUUGCCCCGUGUGCUGUGCUGCGAGUGCCCCGUGUGCUGUGCUGUGAGUGCCCCGUGUGCUGUGCUGUGAGUGCCCCGUGUGCUGUGCUUGCCCCGUGUGCUCUCUUGCCAGCUCGCUCGUGCACUCUCGUUGCCCUCUUCAACACCGCCACUGUCAGCCGUGCCGCGGCUCGCGUGCCUCAAUCGCCUCCCCAUCACAUUCUCAUCUUGUGUCAUCCCUGCCCCCCUUCCCCUCUCCCUCCAUUCCUCUCCCUGGCACAGGGCAUAGCAGCGGGGUACAACAGCAGUGUGGCGGUGCUGGCGGCGCUGAACCCGUUCCUCAACUGCUCGCAGAGCUACAUCCCGCCCGGCUUCGUGCUCUCGCUCUCCAACGCCCCCGCGCCGUCCACCAUCGUGUGCACGGCCACCUACAUGGUGCGCGCCAACGACACGUGCGCCUCGCUCAACGCCACACUCUUCAACGGCAGCGACGCCGCCUUCCGCCAGGCCAACCCGCUGCUCUGCACGACCGACCGCCCCUCGCUGCUGCCCUCGCAGCAGGUGUGCGCCGCUGCCGCGCCGCUGUCCGCGGCGAAUGCGACGGUGGCGCAGUGCGGGCAGACGUACGUGUCAGUGGUGGGUGACACGUGCAGCUCCGUGGCCUCCAAGUACUCCCUCGACCUCCCCACCUUCAAGUCGCUCAAUCCGGCGCUGGACUGCAGCCGGGGCGACAUCGACGCGGGCACGUACCUCUGUGUGGCCGCCAAGUCUGACAAGACGGUGGUGAACUGCACGGCGUGGUACACGGUGCUGCAGGGGGACAACUGCCCCAACAUCUGGAACGCCGCCAACCUCACCGAGUCCACCUUCCUCGCCAUCAACCCCGGCAUCCGGUGCCAGUCGCCGUACCUGCAGGUGGGGCAGAAGGUGUGCAUCAACUCGCCCAUCCUGCCAUCGCUCAUCGCCUCCACCAACUCCUCCUUCUCGCUCUACACCGUGAAACUCGGCGACACACUCGCCCUCAUCUCCUCGCGCUACAUCAACCGCUGCAUGCCCACGUCGGUGUCACCCGCGGCCAUAGCAGCGUACAACAACAUCCUCGAAACCGCGGUGCUGCUCGUCAACUCCACGCUCAUCAUCCCCUGCAACGUGCGCGUGGGUGCCAUCGACUGCGGGUGUGCGACGUCGCUGCCGGUGUGCGGGUCGGACUACGUGACGUACCCGUCGUACUGCGACGCCGUCUGCAACUACGCCACGCCUGUGCUCGUCUCCGACAUCUGCACCGGCUGCAACGCCGCCUGCAUGGGCCGCGCUGGCUCCGCGCCUGCCAACGGCUCCGGGUGCACCCAGGCCAUCUGCCCCUAUCCCACGUGGCCGCCGCCCAGCACCGACUGCACGCAGCUGCUGGGGGACGGGGUGGGCAAGUGCUGCUUGUACGUGAAGACGACGUGUGAGAACGUGUGCCAGGACUUCAAGCUCGCCAUGGGGGGCACGUCCACCGUGCAGGCCACCAACUACAAGAACUGCUACAACGCCUGUACCUGCUGCAAGCGCAUCCCGUGUGGGUUCAACUGCACCGCGCCGUCGUCAUGCUGGGAUGAGAGCCCCCGCCGCUGCUCCUACUCCCUCUCCACUGGCUACACGUGGCAGUGCGUCAACUGGCCCGCCGCCUCCCCCCUGCCCUGA